GUAUUAAUAAAAGCAUAUAGUGGUGAAUGUGUGUCAUCCGUCCUUUUUGUCUGUCACCCUAUCCUUUUCCCAUCAGAUACAUUUAAGCUGAGCAUAUAUUUCCAAGAGCAUCCAAUGUUUUUAUAGGUUUUCUCAAUCAGUCUUUGGCCCAUCUUCAUUGAUCAUGUUCACCUCAUCAGCCCCAUUCUGUCAGUUUUCCAUGGCUUAGGCAUUUACUCCCUUCACUGGCUUUUCUAAAUGAGUCACUUGUUUUGGUUUCUUUCCAUUUUCUUGGGAAAUCAAAUACAGAGAAAGAUUUAGCAUCUGUGUGUGAAGAUUUCAAGUCUUGGCCACCAUAAGUAUCAUUAUCUCUUUUUUUUGUAUGCGUGUGACAAAGGAGAGAGAGAGGGAGCUAGUGAAUGAGGUGACUAACUGCCAAAGUCCUUAAAUCCCAGAAAAGAGUACAAUUUCCACUCAAUUGUUUUGGUUGGAAGGAGCACCAAAAAUAAGAAUAAAGGAUGGAUGAAUCUAGCCUACAAAAGGACAUGCCAAUCUCAAGGAAUGGUAGUUAUGCAGGUGGAAAUGGCCACAGCCACACUGUCACUUCAGCAGCAGCAGCUCAAGUUCCCACCAAUGGACAUUCUUCCCCUUCAAGCCAGCAGGAGGACCAAAGGCCCUACAAGAAAGUGAUGAGGUACAAGGAAUGCCUCAAAAACCAUGCAGCCGCUAUUGGUGGGAAUGCAACAGAUGGGUGUGGUGAGUUCAUACCAGGAGGAGAAGAAGGCAGCCUUGAGGCCCUCAAGUGCUCAGCCUGCAAUUGCCAUAGGAACUUCCACAGGAAAGAGAUAGAUGGCGAAUGUUCAUAUGACUGCCAUCAUCACUAUCCUAUCAUGAGCAAUAUUGGGAGUGGUAGACUCAUUUCGGGCCAUCAUAAUGGCAUUAUUGGAUCACCACCACAAGGGUACCCUACAAGUUCCUUCAUUUCCUCAAGGGCACCACCACCUCACCAAGUGGUAGUCUCCUACAAAAAUGGUGGAGCAAAUGCAAUCACUUCAGAAUCCGAUGAGAAGGAAGAAGAUAAUGGAGGUGGGAUACUGACCACUAGACCAGUUGAGAAGCUGAGAAAGAGGUUUAGGACCAAGUUCACAGAAGAACAGAAACAAAAGAUGUUGAACUUCGCAGAGAAAGCUGGGUGGAAAAUGCAAAAGCUAGAAGAAUCUGUUGUGCAAGGGCUUUGUCAAGAGUUGGGGAUCAAGAGAAGAGUUCUCAAAGUGUGGAUGCACAACAACAAACAUAACUAUGUCAAGAACUCAACUAGCAGCUAGAAGCAUAUUGCAGUCUAUCAGAACUAAGCAUUUGCUGUUGUUUUAUGAUUUAUUAUGCUUUUCUCCAGCUUUCAGCAUUCAUCCUAUAACGCCUUCCACUAUUAUGAGCAAAUACAAAGUAGUCUAGGUAGUUCUAUGAUCUAGGUAUGUUCAAGAUCAUGCAGUCCAGGAGCCUGUUUCUUUUCUUCAUCUUCAUAGAAAAUCAAAUCCAGAAGGAAACUAAGUUUGUUAUCAUUACAUCACAUCAUGUUGUACCGAAUACUAUCUUACUUUGAUGUUCCUGUGGCUAUGCCUCUAGAUAUACCACCCCAGAUUCAUGCUAGAUCAUGAAAUGUUUAGCAAA